UGUUUAUCCCUCUUUCUCUCUCCCAUCUGCUAACAAAGCCAGAGGGAGAGCCAAAUAAGAAGAAGAAAAAAAGUACGUUUUUCUUGGGUUCAAAAGCAAAGCCCUAAUCCACAUGUGGUCCGGAUCCGGAUGCUCAAAGAUCCGAUUGGCAUUCGUCCCUUCACUUUCCUCUCUGAUCUGAUCUGAUCCGAAACGCGCUUCCCGGCCGUGAAAAAUGACGCGUCGCUGCUCGCAUUGUAGCCACAACGGCCACAACUCUCGGACCUGCCCGAACCGAGGGGUCAAACUUUUCGGAGUCCGAUUGACUGAUGGGUUAAUUCGGAAGAGCGCCAGUAUGGGCAACUUAAGCCAAUAUUCUGGGUCGAAUUCUGGCGCGCAUAACGGGAAUGGGUCGGGUUCGCCCGGUGAGGCGCCGGAUCACACCGACGGUUAUGCUUCUGAGGAUUUCGUCCCCGGGUCAUCUUCCAGUCGUGAAAGGAAAAAAGGUAUUCCUUGGACAGAAGAGGAGCAUAGGAUGUUUCUUCUAGGUCUGCAGAACCUUGGGAAAGGUGACUGGCGUGGAAUCUCGCGCAAUUAUGUUAUAUCAAGGACUCCAACUCAAGUAGCUAGCCAUGCUCAAAAGUAUUUCAUCAGGCAGUCCAAUGUUUCUAGGAGAAAAAGACGUUCUAGCCUUUUUGAUAUUGUGGCACAUGAUUCAGGUGGCACUCCAAUGGUAUCACCACAGGAUAUGUUAACUGCAAAUCAUACAGAGGCCGAAGCACAGAGCAAUGAGCAGUUGCCAAUUCCUGCAUUGGAUGAAGAAGAUAAAUCAAUGGAUUCCAACAACUUGAAUGACGCGGAAAGUGUUCCUCCAAAGUUGGAGAGCUCGCAACCGUUGUACCCAGUAGUAUAUCCGGCUUACUUCCCACCAUUUUUUCCAUAUUCAUUUCCAUAUUGGACGGGGUAUAACACAGAACCGACCAAGGAGGACAUGCACGAAGUGGUCAAGCCAACGGCAGUACAUUCAAAGAGCCCGAUCAAUGUUGAUGAGCUGGUAGGGAUGUCAAAGUUGAGUUUGGGAGAAACUAUUGGUGACGGUGGCUCGUCUCUUUCAUUAAAACUUGAUGGCUCGUCGAGGCAGUCUGCUUUUCAUGCCAAUCCUGCUUCUUCUAGUAAGUCUAGCAUGGAUUCAAGUGGGAACCCAAUCCAUGCGGUUUAAGAUCAACUCUAUCUGAACCUAAUGUGUUAGGUUAGUAGCAGUACAGGUUUAUUGUUAGAAGACUAAUAAUUUACUAUCUGGUUUGGAUUUAAUUAUAUAUUUCAUUUGUGGGUUCAA